GUCGCAAUCUUUGUAUCUCUUAGAGAGACAGGUUAGUGGAUAUAAGCAGUGCGGUUCUAUAGUGUUACAAAAGGGGAAUAAAAAUGACAAGAACGUUUUUUUACAUUCUUCUUAAACUUCUAUUUCUCUCAACUUCGGUUCAUUCUUAUCCAUCUUCACGGCAACCAAGAGAUAGCAUCGUUUUGGACUACUCCAAUUACAAUGCAUUCCAACCACAAGGAGCUGGUUCUUACUCCUUUGGUUAUGAAAUAGAGGAUCCAGAGUAUCACAAUGUCCAAUACAGAGAUGAAGAGAGACAACCCAAUGGUACUGUUACCGGCAGUUAUGGUUGGGUGAAACCAGAUGGAAACAUUAUCAUGAUUAAAUAUAUAGCAGAUGACAAAGGAUAUAGAGCUAGUGUUGCAAAUUCCCCAGGUCAACUAAAAUUUUAUGGAGCACCGAUCCCAACAAAUUUCAAACAAUCUUCUAUAAUCCUAAAUGCUUUAAAUAACCAUAAAGUUUAUAAAAAGCAACAAAUUGAAGAACAACGUUACAGACCCAUAGACGUAUCGUAUAAAAGACAGUUUGAGUUGAAUAAAAAAAUAAGUCAUGUAAAUGAUAAUUUUCAUUACAGCAAUUUAAUUAAAGAUGAAAGAAAAAAGAAUGGGUAUUAUAUUAAUAAAGAAGAAACAGAUUUCUAUUACAGUGAACCGCAAAGAAUUUUAGUUUAUCCGAAGAACGUUUAAAGCUUUAUAUCUGAA